AUGGUAACGUUAACCCUGAUAUUUUACUAUUCUAAAGGCUGAAGAAGAAGUUAAGAAGAGGCGCACCUUCAGGAAAUUUUUCUACCGAGGUGUAGACCUUGAUCAGCUGCUAGACAUGACUAAGUAAGUAGUUUACUUUUCAAUGUUGAGUCCUUAGGGAACAACUGGCCGAGUUGAUGCCUGCUCGUCAGCGGCGCCGCAUUACCCGUGGCUUCCGGAGGAAUCAUAAUACUCUUCUUAAAAAGCUUCGAAAAAGCAAGAAGGAUUGUCCGAUUGGCGAAAAGCCGGAGGUGUGUACUGCUCUCUUUUAAUUUUCUGUAGGUUGUUAAGACGCACCUGCGGAAUAUGAUCGUUCUACCUGAGAUGGUGGGCUCCAUCGUUGGUGUUUACAAUGGGAAGACUUUCAACUCUGUGGAAAUCCGCCCUGAAAUGAUCGGACACUACCUUGGGGAGUUUUCCAUUACCUACAAGCCUGUAAAGCACGGUCGCCCUGGUAUUGGUGCCACCCACAGCUCGCGAUUUAUUCCUCUCAAAUAAGUUGAAUAGAGUUACUCGCGGACCAUUGUUCUGUUAUUCGGGUGGGUUAAAAGACGCAGACUCGGUGCCCUAUACACCGACCUUGUGACUGAGAUCAUUAUUUUCACAUUUCCACUUCGUAAUUGUGCAUUACCUCUUCACACCUCGACCGCGAACCUAAUUGGAAACACUAUCCACCAAUCUUCUAUUUCCUGUCAGCCGCCAUCAUUUUCGGGCUCCUAUACUCAUGUGCGCGACUGAACGCCGCAAUUCUUCCCGCUGUCCGUCGUGAUUCCCUUUGAAUUUAAAUCAUGGAGACUUGUUCUCUGUGAUAGCCGUUUUAUUCGCCUAACGUUUUCGACCCUAGAACUUGUCAUCUUAGACGGCAGAUAACAAACUGGAUGCACAGGGACUGCAGUUGCUGUGCAGUUACAUUUAAGAAUCCCACGGUCCUGUUAGACGCAGUUGUUCUUGUUUGGUGCUGCGUUAGCUUGGCUGUUCGUGCACAGGCUAACAGUUUUUACGAUUUCACUGCCGUUAUUGUUGGUUGGCGUGACAAUUACAUGACCGUCAUACUCGCAAGCACUGUCACUGGGAGCAGCCUCCCUGCGUGAUUAGUCUGUCCUGCCAUCAUCUGUGUGCUAGGCUCGAGCGAAUACUACGCCUGUUUGUGCGUUGCUGGCCAUCAGGCCAUAGCUUGAGCGGCCCAUAGUCAUCCCUGAUGACGGUCGUGCCCUCGCCGAACCCGGUGUGGCCAGGUCUCGUGGAGAGGCCAUCGCCUCGAGGUUUGGCGCCAUCCCACACUGCUGGUGGAUGUCCGCGUCCACACCAACCUCACUGGUUUCUCGCAACUGUAUCUCAUAUGCCAAACGACCCCAUGUCAUUUUGGGAUUGUGGUGGAUUCUCCGGCCUCGCCGCCUGGCGGCGAUUAUUGCUCCUCCACGCGCAAUCCCAAGUAUGAGAGGGCGACUGACGUCUUUCGAGAUGCCGUGGACGUGUGGGAAUAUUCAUAAAAUUUGCAGUUUGGCUCGUCAUUUUGCAUGUUUUUUCGGAGGAGUGCGGGCAGUCAUUAGCUCUGAGCACUCGUCGAGCGUUGCAAUCCUCUAACCUUGUCGUCCGGUUCACCACGAUGCGUCGUAACACCCCGUCAGAACACCUUGCCUGAAUGUGUUCUCCAGUAGUUUGUUUUAUGUCUUUUUGUACACACCUUCGGACCACCACGUUUUACGACGGGCGAGGGCGUCAAGGAAGGUCGCCUGGUCAUUAUCCAUCGCGAACUCUAUCCCUUCCUCCCAUAUUUUUCCGUCAGGCCUGAAAUACUUUUUGAGAUAGAACCCCGGAAAGGUAGGGUAUUCGGUCACCUCCGAUCCAUACUAUUUGUUUUUUUAGGAGUAAUUUUUUUGCCCGCGACCGCCAGAUCAUAGGGAACAGAAGUAAACGGAGACGUCCCAUCAGAAGGCGCCAUGCCCGCGUUUGACAGAAGGCCUGUUUAUCUGGCCGUGCGUUGUCAAGCAGGGUGCUUGGAUCAUCUAUGUAGCGGAGUCGCUGGAACAACUGUAUUGCCGGUCCGUAAGUUGGAGUUAAAUGUCGGCGCGGGGGGAGCGCCCUGCUCGCCACCUACGUCUCCCCCACCCGUAUCCGUUCUUGUUCCUAAUACCUAGUUACAGAGCGAGUCUGAACCGUCAGACCAACGAAACUCUUGAUGGGGGCGACCAACUCCUAACUACUUGGAGACCACCUUCUUGCCUAUGUUGGUUAUUUAGACAUAUGGUCUAGUAAUACCCUCCGCUUCUCGUUCGGAUUCUUAGCUCCCACCUGGUGCCGUGCAGCAACACGUUUUGAUCCAGGCCUGUCGAUCAGUGGUCAGCGAGAGAUUUGUGCUGGGCACGUCUGACCCUUUGCUGUCACUCAAGGUAUGCCGCAUUUUCCCUGACCUCGCUUCAGGAGCGGACGAGGCACUAAACUGACCUGACGAGGGACAAAAGAUGUUUACACGACUUCGGCUUUCUUACCCUAGUAAUCUGUCAUAUCCUCGUGUUGUCGUGUAGAAUUCUAACCGCACCGCUCGAGACAGGUUGCUUUUACUUGGUUCCAAGGGAAGUUCUCAUGCGACGUAGCGUUCCCCACCGUAAACGUGGACCGAACUGUCGGCCACCCGAUACGCGCAGGUGGCUGAGAUAACUCAAGCGAGUCCUAGACACCCCCGAGAGCUUCCCACUGUCGGCCAUGUCCUGUCCGUUUUCCUGCAGCCCGGUCUUAGGGUGCUUAAAAUUGCAUCCGAAUUGUCAUCUGUUGCUCAUUAUGGUGUCUGUUUUUUGAUCAUUUACUGUCGUACAGUACGUGAGAUAUUCAGAUACGUAUAUAAACCAGCUGAAUUUCUGCCCUCAUGCACCAAGGACGUAUCACUUCGCAGUUCGUCGUAGCCCGUAAUGCCAGAUGAUGUCGAGAUGAUCGGGACAGAUAGGAUAGAACCUCCGUACAAACCUGACAAGGUCGCGUACAGUCUUUCCGAAAAUGUAAUCAGCGCAAGAGUUUAAAUGCAUGGGUACAGGGACGUAAACGUGUUACGCCAUGGGCCGGGUUAUGCGCGGUUGUAGGUGAGGGCACGUGGAGCCACUGUAGGCCUCGAUCGCGGCUCUCAGUCCGUGGAUUUCUCUCGUCCGCCGUCUGCGAACCCACAAUCAGCGGAGUCAAAUGCUCUGGUGAUUACAGCAAGAUGUGGCCGGAUAUGAGGAUGGACCGAGGCGCGAAUUUUUCUGUGGAUGUUUGGAAGAAUCUUAAGCGCCUCACUGGGUAAAUAAUCACGCUGGCCAUAGUUGACAUUGGUUUUGACUCGCCAAGGAUAUUUGACCACCUGUGAGUCCAGUCUUCCCUCGAGCGUCGUUUGCUAUCAUCAUGUGUCUUGUCGUGUCCGUAGCUGCUGUAGGGUGGUAUCCUCGGAAGGUUUGUGGUUCAACAGCUACGGGGUCAGGUCGUUCCUUACCUUGUCCCGUAUUGACUCGUCCUCCUAUCAUGUCUUUCGCAUAAUAAAAAGUGCCUGAUGCCUGGCAUGCUGUCGGAAUUGCAGUGGACAGCCAUCGUGGCAACGUUGCGCCUCUCGCUAGCGCCUGCACCUACGUCCUAGCGACAGCCUGCUGUGGCACGCACGUCUGCCCGGCUUUGAUUUGUCUCGUUGCAAUUCACUGUCUGCACCACGCAUCUGGUCGAUACUCUGCCUGCACCAUGCGAGGCUUCUCACUACCCUCACGUGGGCUUGAAGCCAAUCAACGCACCUACUAUAGCUGAUUGGUAAGACAGGCGGGCACCGCCAGACACUAGCGUAAACAAUCUGUCACGACACUUGUAGCGGCGACACACGGCUCGUCGCUCUCACGGACGCCGUCUCCGCGGCGCUGGACGUACUCUCGUCCGGUUGCCAACUUCCCUUCACAAUUCUGUACAGAAUAAGUAGAUUAUCUUCCUAAUCAAAUGGCGUCCUGCUUCUAACAACUUGGGAUAUGGCCUGAAGUUGUGGCGUACUGAACGUACACCAUCACCGCUUAGCCGCUACGGAAUAAAAUUGCGUGCCUGUAGGAUUCAAUUUGGCUCUAAAUUCUUCGCACUUUUGAAAUUCGGUGAACGAGUUGUCCUGCAUACUAUUAUGCCACUCCAGUUUAUCGAAUCCUCAAAUUCCCACAUGAAGCCAACCACGAUACCUUCCCCGCGGUUGCUUUUGUGGUCCACUCGCCCCUAAGAGACCCAGACAAGGGUUGCCGUGCGUACGCUUAUGCACUUUGUGAGUACUCUUCUGCCUUGAACACUGUUUCGCGUCACGUUGGGAAAACACCCGACUGCGGUUCUCCAGACUGGAUCGUUUCCAGGCUAACAGAUUACUUUGCCUUCCGUACUAUUUCCAGUCUGGCAAUCGGAAAUCUUCCUGAUAACUGUGGAAUGCCCCAAGGCUCCGCUUUAUACCCUCACAUCUUUCCGCUACAUCACUGGUUAUCUGAGGUCAUCCAAUGACUGCCUAUACACUCAGUGUGCCGAAAAUAUAGUUGUUGGCCGUCUUGUUAAAAAUAAGACUCAUCUCCAGUUUCUGGUGGAAGGUUUUUGAUCAUGUCUCUGUAUAGUCCUUGGCAACUGGUCAGUGUUUGGACUACGACCAGUUCCUACUCCCGAAUCCUUUGACAUUCUCCCCAAUAAGAUAUUGUCUUCCUGGUACAUGGGUGUUAGUCUGUUCUCAGGUCUCCCCUACUGCCGUAACCCCUUUCACAGAAUUCUUAAACUCGCUUGUUACAUUCGACGUUUACGUUCCCUCCGCGUCCCCCGGCCCUUAAUAUGGCAAUUCUUCUAUGCCUGCAUCCUUUCCGUCAUUUUUUACUCUUCAGCUAUUUUUCCCCGUCUUAUUCAAGAAGGAAAUGCUCAUUUUAAGACGUGUUAAGAGGCCAUUUUAUUUAAACACAUUCUGUCGUCGUUUACUUAUUUGUAUGAGGACCACGGUGAGUAGCGAACGUUUUUGCUGAAAAUAUUUGGAAUACCAAUUUCAAAAUAAAGCCUACUUUCUCUCUCCUGUCGGGUAUCGCUUCCUCGUCGCGCACUGUAAUGGCUUGAAAUUGACCAAGACCUCCCAAGCAACGAGAUUUGUUUCACCAUAGAUUUUACUUUAUUACAGACUAGUACGGAGAUGGCGAAUCUCUCCCAUCAGGAAUGAUCUCAAGACAGAAGGCUCGGGUACUCCGGCGGGAACGCCUUUCGUUCAGUUCGUCUUUCUUGUGCAGCCUUAGUAUCAUACCACGGUUUUAUUUCCCAGAGGGUUAUGCUGGACCGAGUGGAUUAGAAGAGAGCAAAAUCGCCCCCCAAGAUUAAUGAUUGGUCCUAUGUGUAACAAGGCUUUACCAUAAAUUUGCCGUUCGUAUGUGAGCCUUCCACUGACUUGACAAUUUAGUGGUAAUGUUGAACGUCACCGACGUUUGGAGCCGAGUUCAUAAAAGCCGCCGUUUAGCUGUCUUCGUUAUUCUUUUGGUGUUCGGCUUAGGAUGUCUGGACAUAGGACACAUGUUCUUAAGCCGACGGGGUUGUUGCAGUAGGCACGUCUAGGGAUUCCUUCGGCUGUCUCCCGUUCUGAGGUGUCCAGUGCUUACCAUUCGCCACCAGUAGGAUUCUCGUGUCCAGUCUAGGUUGUGCUGGGUCGUAGGUAUUUUUUACGACACCAUGGGAUCUGGAGCGAGAUGUUUUGGACGCGAUUCUUUUUAGACCUCCAAGUCUGCGAAUUAGAGCAUAGUCUGACCCGGAGGAAUUAAUGGUUUCGGUACCACUGGUCGAUUUAGCUACUCACCCUGUUAAGGAACCUCGAGGUGAUUGCAGUUGGACGAAUGGGGCUGGCUGUCAGCCUCUCACUACAAUGUCUGGCCACCAGUGUUUGCCUUCCGUAACCCGUCGCUGAACUUCAGGGGCCCUCCCUUGUAGCACAGAGAGCCAAAUCCAAAUUGGAAAGCUAGGUAGUUACUUUAAUCUUCGCCGAGCCUAAUUGGGACGUUAUAGUCGUCCGGAAUGACUAGCAAAUAGUGUCGAGGGAGUUUUCUGACCAACUUUUGCGUCUGUAGGUUGAGGACAUUUCGGUUGCGCCGGUCGGCAGUUUACGUCCGGGCGUAGGAUGAGACGACAAAUUGUACGUACGAUAGUUGCUCAUCGUCUGUCCCCCACCCACGCAAUACUGUAAACUGGAAGUGAGUCGUCUUUCAUUGUCUAUCGGAAGGUCAUGCCGACCGUUGUGGCUGAGGAGAGUGGAGAGCACUCCCGGACCUUUAGUUCCCGGGCUCCAGUUUCUUGGAUUCAGGCAGACGCAGAAUAUUAUUGAAGACAGCGCCUCGUUAAACAUCGUUCACACCUUCAGCACAGCUUCUUUCCCGGCCAACUAAGCUAUCUUGCUAUUCUACCGCAAUCAUGGGUCAGGGUUGUAAGGCUUACAAUCCAGUGUGCAAACACAUUCACGAGUUUCUCUAGAAUAUUCAGUACAAGUUCUCCACAACACUCCGUAAUUAUUUAUUUAAGGUUAUCUAGUCUACUUCUGCAGACCACGCCGGUCUUGCGCAUAACAGAUCUUGUCUGCAAUGGUAACGUCGCGAUUCUGGCAAAUUCCUCUGUGGGGAAUGAAGUGUACCGCUUUAUUUAACAGCUUAUGUUACUGUUUAUCGGAUUCUCGGCGAACUAGGCAACCAUCAGAUAAGCCGUGCGCGCGACAUCCGUCCAACAUUGUUGGAGCCACCGGGGUCGGAAUGAGAUAUGUUCGAUGUUGCCUGUAUACGCGACGAUUCCUCUACGUGACUGUAAAACACAACUAGCCCCAAAAGAUAUGCGCUGAUGGGAAGCUUUCGGUGGAUGGCAGCUGUGGCCAAUUUCUGAAUUCGACAAUCCCGUCCACACUACCAGCAAACUGGUGAGCAGCUCCGAUUGUUCGAACAUCGUUACCAACGAUGUCCACCGUGUGCUCCACAACAACGUGAGCGCAGGGACGGUGAUCUGCCCAGGAGUUCGUCUAUAAUAAUAGUAUACCCUCCUACCAUCUACCGCACACCCUUCCCUCACCUGGAUCCGGUGUCAUGGCAGACUCAAAAAGACCGGAGGUGGGGGAGGGUGCAGGUGACUGGCACGGAGAAAACCUGCACCGACUUGGAUCCCAUUGAGUGAGAGUGUCAUAAAAGAACUCACUGCAGCCUGAUUCUCAGUCUGACUUAGUCGGCCACCCCAUAAAAGCUCACUGCGAGGUCUGAGUUUAAGCGUCAUUUGGUUACCUCCCAAACUACGGCUUUUAGCGCAUCAGAUCGUUUAUGAUGAGGAAUUGUGCACAAGAAGUCCACGUCUCUCGCCCUACCCUAUCCCGUGCACUAGUCGCCGUCCGAGUCGGCUGAAAUUGGGAGAGGUGGCUGACAGAGUUGAGAACAGGUCGUCUGCGUGCGCCAUACACACACACACGGCCGGGCCCCUCGUGCACGCACGGACCAGGACUUCACACACACAAGACAGUAGACGCCUCGCAUCUCAGACACAGCAAAGGAACUGCGUGGAGAAAGGGGUCACAGAACACAUUUCCCUUUUACAUAAGAGAUCCCGAAGGUGUGGGAUGUUGGAGAUGUUUAGGUGUAGUGAAUGUAUUAAAAGAGGGCGUGUGGUUAUGUGGUCACGUCUGCGAUGAUUCGCUGCAGGUUCUCAUGAGAGGCGCAUGCAACCAAAUAGCCCCAUGCGAUGGCUAAAUGUAUGAGGGCAAUACGGGUGGUUGCUGCGAUGCUGUCUGAGGUAUGUUGGUGCUCCAGGCACUGGUCCAGCAGUCUCUGUGCGAUGGAUUCGCGAGUGGCCAACCAGGCCAAUGUUUGACCUGCGUGUACGGUGACAGUGUAGGCACGAUAGGCUAGAAGGUGUUAAGUUGGUUGUCGUUGGGGUGCUACUGGUCGUGGUCACGCUGAUGGAUGUGGAGUUGAUUGGGCUGGCGAUGGGAGAGUUGGCGGUUGUUGAAAGUAUGCCUAGUGUGUCGAUAUUCUGAUGAAUUCCACCGUCGUGGAUGCGCACGUGACCGAAUGGGCCCGCGAGUGAAUGUGCGUGGGCAGUGAGGGCGGAUGUGGUGAGUUGAUGUGUGGCCUAAAUAUGAACAGUAGUAAUUUUACACUGACUGUCGGCUCACAAGCACUAUCGAAGUAGACAUCAGGCGUAGAACCAGCGAUCAAUGUGCGACUGUAAGUAUGGAUGGAAGUUCAGGUGCUAGCCAGUGUACCUAGACUUCAAAUGGUGACAAUCGGGAGAUGGCACCCACAAAAAUCCGUUACCUAGAAAUAGUACCUUUAGCAGUGGACUCAAACGCCUUCAGGCUAUAUCAGCGGUUGCAGGCCUGCUUUCACGCACUACUUGGACUUUCCCCGACGGCCUAACAUGGGCUGGCCGGACGAGCAUCGCAGGUUACAUGGACGAUGGUCGCUGUUACCCAACCUUCCCCAUCGUUACACACGUACACCUGAAUAUACGGCAUACAUUCGCAUUAUGGCAGUUUAUUGCAAAACAAAAUCACUUUUAAAUAGGAGAAGUCUGCACAACAUGGGACAGGAACCGUUCCCAGAUAUCUGUCAAAGACAUUGCAUUGAGGCCAAACCAAAGACGAUACUCUACUUCGUCUAUGUGAGCCCACACAGGUCGACCACAUACAGGGCCUCGCUCGUGGAGUUCCCUUUUCAGUCUACUCCAGUAUGCCUCAAUGGCAUUGGUCUGCCGCUUCAAACAAAUUUGGUUGUGUGAACUUGAGACAUGAGAACGUUCGGAGUAAGAAUCCGUUGCCCAACGAAUGCGAAUGAACGAGAGUGGGGCUGGGUGAUCCUGACGCUUUUUGUCAAGUAGGAGGACAUUGUUGGGAUUAUAAGACAAGCAAAAAGCCUGUUCAUUUGAGCCAGCUAACGCUUUUCCGUCAACUUUUGAAUCAUCCGCCUAGGAAACAAGUGGGCAAAAGAAUAACGGGCGUAAUUAAUUCGGCUGAGAAUGAUACGGGGGGGGUUGCAGGAUCUGAAGACCGUCGCUGCGGAAGACUAUAUCAGUUAAGUUAUUACCACCCGAGCGGUAAUUCCUCUAAACAAAUAAUAAUUGCACAUUUCAUAAUACCUGUCCCAAAUACAAAUUACAUUUUAAGAGAUGGAGGAAAGUACUGGGGAUUAUGCGCAAUAGGCGGACAUAAGUGUGUGUCGAAACGAAUAGCACGUCGAUCACCGUCAAGACUGUGGAUGAACGGGAUAAUUAAAAGUACAACUUGGCAUUAUUUAAGUGGCAUAUACACUCCCUUAGCCGUCAGAGUCAUAAGGGAUUGAGAUCCACAAUCUGUAGCAGUUGCUUGUGUGAUGGGAUUCGAUUUUCCAGGAGCAAACCCCUUCUCGCAAAAAGGACAUUAGGUCGAUCUGGUUUUCAUCAAUCCAACAGCAGGCGAGAGGCCCACUAGAAGUGAACUGGACCCAACGCCUGCUCUGACGUAUAACUUAGAUAAACUAGUCCGGGCUCCCUAGUUCGGAAUGCUUAGAGAACAAACGGCCAUUUUAUAUGCUUUGACAGCAAUGAGCGCAGUGUGUUCAAGGAAAACAGAAACCUGAUAACAGGGGUUGCCCAAUUCCUUAACAACUGACAGUUAGUGCUGGAGUUGGGUGGAUGCCCGUUGACGACAAUACUACAAUGACUCCCCUCCCCCUCAAAUGACAUUCUCCUAUCACCAUGUGCCUUCCAACCCGUGCCCGUGGCAACAGUAGAGGAGCACCUUAAAAAGGUCCGUGGAUCAACAGCUGCCGGACCGGAUGGUGUCUCACCAUUUCUUCUUAAGUCAUGUUGUUCUCAGAUAGCCCCUGUUUUAACGCACAUUAUUAACAUGUCUUUCACGGAGCCCAAGGUUCCUGACGCCUAGUGUACAGUGAAAACUACUCCCAUCCCUAAAAACCGCUACUUUUGGUCCUACAUCUUUAUGUCCGCACUGCUAAAGCUUGCUGAAAGAGUUCCCCUGGAUAUUAUAAAGCCAUUCUCUUCCUGUUUUUCUGGAUCCUCUACAAUUUGCAUAUAAAGCCAAAUGUAGGUGUUGUUGCUCUUGUGGUCCACUGUGCCCUUGAUAAAUUAGAUAAGGGUCGCCGUGAGAACGCGUGUGCUUUUCUUGACUGCUCCGCCGCCUUCAAUGCCGUUCCGCGCCCUCUUCUCCUUACCAAAACAUCCACGUGCGGCUCUCCAGGCUGGGUCGUCUCUUGGCUUAGCGAUUAUUUUACAUCCCGCACUCAAUUUGUCGAAGUUGGCAAAUAUAAAUCUACGGUCCUUCCCAAUGACUGCGGAGUUCUUCAAAGUUCCAUUCUAUCCCCUCACCUUUCCCCCUCCAUGCCGAUGGUCUGAGAGCCCCUAACGACUGUCUUUUGGUUAAGUAUGCUGAUGAUGUGGUUGUUGGACACCCUCUCAAAAAUCGGACACACCUCCAGUCCCUAAAGGAUGGCCUUGACCAUGUCCUGGUAUGUUCGGGGAAAAUGGUCUCCUAAUGAACAACCAAGAAUCAGUUCAGUGUAUUUUCCGACUGCGGCCCUCUCCUAGUCCUGAUUCCCUUGACAUCCUUCCCAACGAGGUAUCCCUUUCAGGUGCCUUUGCGUUUCUUUGCCAUCAAAUCUUUCAUUUUCCCUCCAUAUUGAGUCUCUAUUUACUAAAGUUCGCAAACUUCUUUAAUACGUUGGUCGUUUACGUUCCUACCACGCACCUCAGUCCUUAGUCUGGCGAUUCAUAGAUGCGUGUAUUCUUCCUCCUAUUCUAUAUUGCUCUCCUGUCAUUCUUCCUGCUUUGCUCAAAAAAGAUCUUUUAAUUUUAAAACGAGUCCUCCGAAUGCUCUCUUCUGUUGUUGGUGUUUCUUAUCUCUUUUAGUCGCUCUUAUCCUAUAACGAGAUUUUAAAGCGGUCAGGCAAUUUGCAGGUCGAAUUCUGGAUGACGUUGUCCAUCCCUUGCAAUCUGAUCUUAUUUCUGCGAAAUCUUCUCGCCCGAUGCGCCGCGGCUUCCGACUUACCUCUUGUCGCACAUCAGCAUUUCGAGAUUCUGUAUUGCCGUUCCUAACGCGCUAUCUUACGUGUGAAGAGAAAGAAGUACAGAAGCGAAGACUUGAACUGUCCCAAUAAUAAUCGUCCCUUUUGUGCUAAGCAUUUUGACUCUAGGGUAAUCUAUUAACUUAUUUACUGCCCAUAGUGAAUGGAGCCCAUUUUUGCUGAACAUUGCGAACUUAUGAUUUCAAAAUAAAUCGAAUUCCCCCCUCCUCCUCUCUCUCUCACACUGUCGCACUAUUACGCAAAGUCUGUGAGUCGUAAUUCUGCGCUAGAAUGCGGCGUCAUUUUCUUCCACCUCAACAGUUGGCGGAGCAUUGCAUCUCCGAAAUAUGCCAGGUACAUAGGCGGAAGGGCAGGACAAAGGAAGUCGAGUAUGCGAACUUUGAGUACUCCCUUCGCUGCACCUGUAAGACUGAGUGACAUCUUACCGCGCUAUGUUCGAAAAUGGACAUAUGAACGCAUGAAACUUGGGGGCCUCUGUGCGAUGGAUUCGCAGGUGUCCAGCCAGGACGAUGUGUGAUGCAAAUGUGCCACGGCAGUAAGGACAGGAUUGGACAGUGACUGCCGAGUUGGUGGUUAUGGCAAGGCUGGAAGUCGGUCGAGUGGCUGCAGGUCAGUGAGUGCUUUAGUCGGCCGAAGGCUUGACUGGCUUUAGAGAUCCAACACGCGAUCCCGUCGUCGGUUUUGAUGUUUUUUUGAAAUCGCACUCUCAAGGUAGGCGAAUUUCCCACUGUUUUGAGAUGAGUUUCACUGACCUUGAUACGGGAUUCGAUGUAGUCCGCAUUUGGCUCCAACUGGUGUAGAACCACUGUAUUUUCCGUGCUGAUGGCCGGUCCGAAGCUGGCCCAACCACAGACAAAGAGGUCGAUACUCCGCCGAAUGUCCUCUUCCGUUGUGGUGUUUAGCGCGCAGUCACCCGCAAACAGUAGAUGGUGAGUGGUGUCCUUGGACGCUCUCAAACAUUCUUCCAGGCAACCGAUGCUGAACGGGUUUUCGUUGGUUCGUUAGUUUAUUUCGAUCUCUUACCGCACCUCACGGUAGGUGCCUGUUGUGAAAACGAAGGACACUAUUGUCAAUCCCAGAAUAUAGAUAUCAGGUCACUACAAGGGUUAUGAAGGAAUUAAUAAUAAGGCGUUAAAUAACCUGAUAAUUCUACACAUGUCGCGUUCAUCGCGUUGAGCGGACUUUCUUCCAUUCAGUUAAACAAACAGUAAGUCCAAGAAUGGUGAACAGAUAGGCAAAUGCAAGGUAGUCUGGCGCCUUGGCACAUUACUCCUCGCCCCCCCCCGUCCGAGACUGGAGGGCGGCGGAAAAGACGACGAAGGAUGUGUAUAAGUCUAAAAGAAAUGAGUGACAAAUUGGUCAGGAAAGUGGACGUGACAACCACUGUGGGUGAUAUAUGCAGGCUCCGUAGAAGAGUGAAUACAUCCUGCGGCGGAAGUGUUGGAGUUAUAGGCGACAGUUGGAGGUAGCGGACAGGGGAGAGGAGAGGAUGUACGGGACGGCGGAAUAGAGACUGGAGGAGGUGGGGGCAGAGAGUAGGGGACCACAGGGCUCGUCCGACCUCCUCACGACUGACGCGUUGAAUGUGGGACGUCUUUGUCCCUCGAGAGAGGACCCGGAAUGGGUCAUCAUAGGGCGGUUCCAGAAGCCGGCGAACUCAAUCACAUCGAACGUAGGCGUGAGAGCACGUUACCAAGUCCUUCUCGAGAUAAUACGGAGAGUCGGAGGAUCUGCGCGGGACCGGAGAAAGUGUACGCAUGAAUUGCCGGUGGCGGUGAAGGAGGUUGGUGGGACCCUCAAGCGCGCCACAAGGAUUUGGCGAGAUCAUCUCACUAGGAAGUCGGACUGUGGCGCUGAAGGCCAGUUCAGCCGCGAAACAGUCAUGGUCCGGCUUGAAAACGAAGCGGAUGCCCAAAAGGACCAGGGAAUAUGGCCUGCCCAAUUCUCCGGAUCAUCCGCGGUACGUAGGGAGGUUGUGAAUUGGCCGUGAAACCGCUCGACCAUCUUGUGGGCAGCCGGACGAUAGGGUGUCGUCUGGAUGCGGGUACAGCCUAAAAAGGAGGGUAAAGACUGCCUUCGCAGCCACAAAAUAGGGCAGAGGGAUAACUUCCGGCCCCCGGGUGGACCGAUCCACACAGGUGCGGAGAUAGGAACAACCACUUGACAGAGGCAGGGGGCCUACAAUGCCCAUGUGAACGUGGCCGAACCUUGCACCACAACCGGGGAAGGUGCCAAUGCGUGUCUGGUUGUGCCGCUGGAUCUGACUCCGUUGACAGGCGAUACAAGCCCGCGUCCAUGCUUUAGGGUCCUUGUGCAUCCCAGGUCAGACAAGGGGUCGAAAACCGGCUUGUCGGUAACCCAAUUCCCAGGGUUAGGUAGAUUUGCAGGGAGGAGAAAAAUUUACGGCGAAGGGAUGGUGGCACAAAUGGGCAAUGGAUGGGGUGAAUACUUCGCAUAGAAUUGCGCUGUUGCCAGUUGUCGGCGGUAGCUCCUGAAGUUGGGGUCCGGAAACAUCCUCAUCACAGGGUGAACCAACACGGCGUUGUUCAGCGGUCAUCUCAGCAAGAUCGAUCUCGGGUGAAAACUGGAGGUGAGCAUCAGAGGGCCCGGAUAGUGCGUCAGUCACCGCAUUCUGAGACCCGUCAAUAUGGCGGAUGUCUGAGGUGAACUGCGAAAUGUAGUCCAGGUGGCGGAUCUCCCGGGGUUUAGUCUGUCAGAGUGGGAAUGCAUAGCAAACGUGAGUGGCUUAUGAUCUGUGAAAAUUGUGAACUCUCGACCUCCCAGAAACUGCCGGAAGUGUCUUUCGGCAAGAUAACCGGCAAGAAAUUCACGUCCGAAUGUGAUGUAGCGGGUUUCGGCACUGGAUAAUGCCAACAGCAACACCGGAAGCAUCGACCAUCAGAUAUAUGGGUACAUCAGCAUGAAAGUGUGUCAGGAUGGUGGCAUCAGCCAGAAGGGCUUUUACCUGCUCAAAUGACGUGGAUGCUGCUGUUGUAAGUCUAGAGGUGCGUUUAGAACCUGCGAGGGAACUGGUCGGUGGGAGGAUGGUGUCGGCACGGUUCGGGAGAAACCGUCGAUGAAAGUUUACCAAGCGAGAAACCGCUGCAGCUGACGCCUCGAGGUAGGAGGUAAAAAGUCUCGAAUGGCAGCCACCUUUGAGGGAAGAGACUGAAGGCCGCUGGAAUCGAUCUGAUGACCUAAGAACUCAAGAGAUGUGGCCCCCAGGACACAUUUAGCAGGAUGCAGGGUGACAUCAAACUGUUGAAAUCGGCUGAAAAGUGAGGCAAGGUGUUGAAGAUGUUCAUCAGCAUCCCGACUGGCGACUAAGGCAUCGUCAACAUAUGCACAAACACAUGAAAGGCCACGUAAAACACGGUUAAUGAAAUGUUGGAAAGUCUGUGAGGCAGUUCGGGGACUAAAUAGCAUACGAAGAAAUUCAAACAAGUCGAAAGGGGUCGUCACUGCUGUUUUGGGAAUAUCCUCAGACGCAAUCGGAAUUUGAUGAAAAGCCUCGACCAAAUCGAUCUUCGAGAAACGGUUUUGCCAAAGAGAGCUCCAGAAAAGUCCCGAGAUGAGGAACGGGGUAGCGGUCUGGGACGGUUACAUUGUUCAGGGACCGAUAUUCACCGCAUGGACGCCAGGCAUACGUUUGCGCUCUAGGAACUAUGUGCAAAUGAAAUGUCCAGGGACUCUCAGACUGUCAGAUAAGCCCUAGUUGCCGCAUGGACUCAAAUUCAGUCUUAACCGCCGCAAGACGAGUGAAAGCAAGACGGCGGAGACGGUAGAAGACAGGAAGAUCAGUCGUUUUUAUGUGGUGAACAAUAUCAUUGGACAAGGAGGAGUCAGAAAAGUGGAGCUUAGCGAGAUUAGGAUGUUUUUCUAAAAGUUUACAGAAUUGACAGUCAGGGUUUGGAUCAAGGCCAGAUGGGCGGUUGGAAGCUGGAGAUAGGUGAAAACCGUUAACAGAGAAGGACAGUGGCGCUAUCAUAAAGACGAAGUUGGCUGCAGUCAACCAGAAGGCUGAAAGCGGCUAGACAGUCAGCACCAAGGUUAGCAGUAGGAACAUCAGCCACCACAAAAGACCCAAUGGUAAAUUCGCCCGAGACCAGCGUCAAGGAUGAUAAAUCGGGAUCCAAAAGUAGCGAUGUGAGAAGAGUUUACGGCCCGGAGAAAAAGACCAUAGUUGGGGCAACGUCGGUUGGCUGGGGUAGGAAAGAUAACACUCAUUUGAGCGCCACUGUCGACUAAGAAACGUCUGCCACUUGUGUUAUCACCGAUGCAAAAUGUGUGACCGGUAGAGUUGCCAGAGACUUCGACUGCAUUUACAUUCCGGCUGGGGAGUUUCCCUAUGAGGACUUGAAGGUGCAGGGUGGGACACAAUGACGCGCCUUAUCGUCAAAGUUUACAUGAUACCAGCAUAUGCUUGCGGUUCUAAGGCGAGAGCGGGAACGACAGCGGUCACGGCUAAAGAAACGUCGAGACGAGCUUCAAAGCGGCAAGAGUCGCCGACAGUUGAGCAAUUUGCGUCUUGAGCUCGGCCAGGUCAGAAGCGGGCGCAGUGAGAGGUUAUGAAACCUGAGCAACUGUCGUGGAUGACAAACGCUCAACCUCCAUUAUACGAUCGGCUAGUUUUGAGAUAUCUAAAUCAUCUGAGCCGGAGGUAAAGAUUGUUUGCAGGCAUUCUAGAAAUGUGGCAGUCCGUGUCUCCUUCUUCUCUGCCACUUUGUCACGCUGCCAUCCUGUCCGCCUCACACUCCCUGUCGAUCUGCCGAUGGGACGCGCAAGGCUUGCUCCUAGCAUCGCGAGUGCUCGAGGCCAAUACACGCCGCCCCUUCUCUGAUAGGCUGGUGGACAAUGAGGCAGAGAUAAAGGCGUACACACGCGCUGGAGUCUAAGCACCUCAACGGCGGACACAGACAUGCAGCACUGCUCUAGCAAGCAGAUACAGUGAGAUACCGCAUGCCUACUGUACAUGUGGCAACCCGCGCCUCCCUGCUCCCCGCCGCCUUGUCACGCCGCCCUCCUGUCCGCCUCACACUCCCUGUCAAUCUGUCGCUAGGGCGCGAGAGGCUUGACACCAGCCUCGCGAGCGCUCGAGGCCAAUACAUGCCGCCCCUUCUCUGAUAGGCUGGUGGACAAUGAGGCAGAGAGAAAGGCGUACACACGCGCUGGAGUCUAAGCACCUCAACGGCGGACACAGACACAACCUGCCUGGAGAGGCCGCCCGCGGCGACUGCUUGCAGGGCCUUUGUGUACACACUUCCUCAGCAGUACAAAUUGCCCUGCCCAAUCCGUCUUCCCGACUUCUGAUUUGGGAACCCCUGUCUUGUCGGCGACAGUCGGUGACCCCGACGUGAUCUGGACACACAACCUUUAAAGAACCUAUACCCAUGGCCAUGUCCCAAACAAGAGACAGUAUGCGACGCAGGAGUUUCGACUGUUUGUGAUCCCCUAAAGCCUCUUCUUUUACGAGUACGCGAUAACGACGGCUAUCUGAGACUGAGGUCAGGCGAAGAAGUUCAGCCUUUAGCCUGGUAUAGGGAGCAUCAGUCGAGCGAUCAUGCAAAAAUGCCUGCAUUUGGGAAAGAAUGGGGGGAAGAAGGAUCUCGACCAACAAAUAGUACUUGUCGGUUUCUCGUGUCGUCUUUGCAGAGUGAAACGCUGCCCCAAUAUGAAAGAAGUAAAGUUCUGGUGCAUGUUGCCAGAAGCCUGGGAGGGACAAAACGACUCCACGAAGAGAAGUAGCGGCAUCGUUAAAAUCCGUAGAGAGUAUGGCGGUAUAGAGAAUCAAGGAGAACGAGCUAUGUACAUGCAGCAAAUCUAAGGCGUAAGCGUGAACAUCGAAGGGGUUACCACUUUUGCGAACACAAAGGAGGCGAUUGCCAAUCCCAGAUUAUGGAUAUCAGUUCAAGACUAGGGUUAUGAAGGAAUUAAUAGUUAAGUGUCAAACGACCUGAUAAUUCUACACAUGCCACGAACGUCGUGUUGAGCCGAGUCCCUUCCAUCUAGUCAAACAACCAGUAAGUUCAAGAAUGGUGAAUAGGUAGGCAAAUGCAAGAUAGUUUGGCGCCUCGGAACACGUCCACCAGGAGAGCAGAGGACAUGAGUCCAAAUAGGGUGGGAACGAGCACACGGCCCAGCUUCACCCCAUCGGUAACCGCGAACGCUUCAGAGACUAUCCUCCUGACCUUUACAUUAGCCAUUUUCGCGUCGUGAAGUUAUCUUUCCACUAGAGUAAAUCGCUCGAGAUAUCCUAAUUACUGCGUGUUUCUCCUGAGUUCAUCGUACUUCAGCGUGUCAAAGGCCCUGUUCGGAUCCCCAAAUACGGCGCAGAGGUAAGUUAUCCUUUCCUGACAUCUUCCUAGCGGUUGGAGAACCGCGGAGAUCGUGCCCAAGGCUCCACGGUGUUUUUAGAAUUCUCACUGUGCUUCUGGAGUAGAUCCUUGCUCCAGAUUCGUGUGUAGACACUUGAGUAGGACACGGGUGAAAACUUUUUCCCUCGAGGUUGGGAAGGGAGAUGUCUCUGUGGUUAACAUAUAGUUGUCGGCCCCCUUGUGUUUGUAAAUGUGCACGAUGGUGGCAUCCUUGAAGACUUUUGAGAAGUGUCUCUUUUGCUAUAUCACAUGGAACAGCGAGAUAACCUCUGUCAUAAGCUGUGGGCCGUCGUGUUUGUAGCAUUCGGCUGUAGUUGUCUGUUCCAGGUACUUUUCAAUUGAACAGCUGUUGCACUGUUCCGAUGGCCGCAAAGAGGGAAUGCGAAUGCUCAAGGUCGUAGCUGGUGUCCAUUUCAGGAAGUCAGUGGAUGCCUUUUUCGCAUACUGUCGGCGGGCAGGAGAGGACACUCUGAAAGUGCACCGCUCUAGGAUUUCUGACUUCUCCAUCAGGAUAGUUGCUCCAUUCUUGGUCAGCAGAGGUGCAGUCCGCUUGGUUUGUAGACCGUGGGCUGUUUUGACGGCCACGAAGAAAUUCAUCUCACCACGGUCGGCGUAUUCCUGGGUGUCCUCGCACAGUCGUUCUGCACUUCCCUCAGCCUUUGUUGUAUUCGGCGACAGCAUCGGACGCAUAAGAUUUUAGUGGCAUCGCAGAGGUUAACAGUGAAGGUCGUGUAUAGUUUGUGUUUCUCGGUGAGAUUAGCGCAGACUUCUUCACCAUUGUCAUCAAGCCAAUCCUGGUGUUGACGGCUUAUGUAGUCGAGGGCCUUCACCGCAGCGACCUGGGCGGUAUUCUGCAACACCAUUCACUGGUUCCCGGCACUGGUAUCCGCCCCAAGGGUUUGCAUUGCUUCCACUUCGGUAUUCAUGCAAUUGCUAAAAUUGAAUCGGCGUCCAGCCGUAUAAAGUAUUUGCCUUUCCUGAUUCCGGCUGACCUUGCGAUCGCCUGUGCAGUUGCAGUUGGAGCCUUAUCUCAGAGGUGACAAGGCGGUGAUCCGUCCAGCAGUCAGAAUCACACAUCGUCUUUAUCACGAGCACGUGAUGUUGGUCUCGCAUCCGAACUAGGACGUUGUCCUGGAGAUGCCAGUUAUGCGAACGAGGGUGCGUCCAUGUCACCUUCAUCCGCACCGGAAGACGGAUGAUGUUUGUCAGAAAAGAUUUUGUUUCGCGAAAUCUUUUAAGGGGAGGCGGAGGAAGCCUUGGCUAUCAUGCACUCCUUCCAUGAAGCAUGGCUUGUGCUGACACAGACACUGAAAUCGCCAAGGACAAUCGACUCUUUGGUCUUUGACACAGUCGUUUGGAGGACAUACAGGUCUCCGCAGAGCUUGUUAUUCACACAAUCGGAGUUAGUCAUUUGGGGAGCAUCGGUGCUAACGAUGGUAGUGAAUGCGUUCCGCGCGGUGGGAGCCUCGUGGUCAUGAGACGGUCAUUGUUACAAUUAUUUGAUCGCAUCUUGUCCGUCCAGAGGUCACAUUCUGCCUGUUAGUGGCGUUUUUUCAUUGAUGUUUAAGGCACCUUUUCUAACCCCUUCCCAGCGAGGGAGUAGGCAGUGUUAUCCCUAGAUAUAUCUUCCUGAACAUCCCAGGCGGUUCCCGAAUUCCACUGUGGAUCGUGACUUUUGUCUAGUGGUGAAACUGCAGUGCCUGCUACCCGGACUGUCUAGACAUCAUGCCACAUGCGCGCGACAAGCAAACGAUCAAGGUCAUGUACUCCCGUUCAGACCACCUUUGUGCCAAUUGGCCACCCUUCGGCCUAUGACACUCCCCAAUGCCAUAUACCCGGCCGUGUCUAUAAUAUUCCCCACUUGUGCUGUCUCCCGUUCUCAGCACACCUCCUGUCUACAACUAGCCUUCUGUUUUGCAUACAUAACAGAGACUACCCGAUUUAACCUGAGCCACCUACGAGUUUGUACGUCAUCCACUCUGUUUGAGGGUUGCGAGAGAGUUUGGGGAUUUGGUUAGGGAUUGCCGGCCGGGAAGACACACACGCCAGGCAUCUGAUUCAGUCCGACCACCAAGGACGGUUACCAAAGUGUGGUCGCCGCGCUUAGCACGGCUUCAUGGAGUCACGGAUGAAAGGCGCAUGCCAGGGCAAGACGAUGCAUAGGUAACCACCAGGACCAGAACUUUCAAUGUGCCCUUUGUAGGUAUUCUUACAAAGAUAGUCGUGCCGGCACCACCAGAUCCAAUUGGAGUCUCCUUUGCUACACCUUCGCGCAUGGUAACUGCCGAUAGUAUAUGUGCGGCAGGAUAUACUCUUAAGUGCAAGGUUGUCCAACUUGCAUCAAAACCCAUCGAUAAACCUGGCGUGUCCGCACAACUGCAAAAUGGGGUCCCGCCAACAACACUCCAUGCACCCCGACACCUCUGAUAGACACUGUGUGGACUACUGGAAGUAGCGCAUCAAACAUGGUUCGCUUGGGAAAAGAACUAAGGACACGCUGUCGCACGUAUGAAUGCGAGGACAGUAUGCCAACACCCGAACCCCCUGCGAGAACUCCGAGACGAUAGGACCUCCAAAACUAUGGGAUCUGCCUCCUUGUUCUGACUACGCCUACGCCUGAGGGCUUUAACUAAAGUCACUGCAAUCCAAAAUUCUAUUUGUGCCAACUACGAUGAAGUGAAACAAUCAAUCGACUUCACUGGAACGUCAUUAGUUGCCUUGCAUUGUGGAAAAAACCAUAGCUGUCAGCUGCUUUGAGUAAAUUAGGAAUGGGUCGCCUUCCGGGAUUCCAUCACCAAAGCAUCCUAUGAAGUCUGAAUAAUUUUGAAGAACGAACUGACGACAUGAUUAUCAGUUGGGUUCUAUAUAUUAUAUGUUUCGCGUAUAUUUACACAAAAGCAUAUACUGGCAGUAAUUUAGAAAAGUUUAUGCAAUCCGUACUAAUUUCCAUGUAAACACAUUCAGCAAACUCUUAAACGGUAAGAUACAAAAAGGACUUCCAGUUCAGCUCUCGCGCCAAAAGAGUCAAAUCGAAUUGAGGAAAAAUUCGAAGCAUGGUUUCACAAACCCCAUUCCCACAGGCAGUGCGGACUUGCGCUUGUGAAUAGGGGUAAAAGAAAUGGGUUCCUGUAAAAACGAGGUUAGAAGGGAGGAAGACGUCCAAGCAGAAAAAGAGUCCUUAGAUAAGGAACGAAAAAUACCACUUGUGAAGGGCCAAUGCUGAUUGACUCUCACAUGACGCACAUACACACACGCCCACGGAUAGACGAGUGUGUAGGCCCCGCACGUCGGCAGCUCUGACCACCACUGAGUCUAUUGGUGUCUUUCCUCCUUUUCAUCCAAUAGGAGACUGGUUCAUACUUAUUGUGGUGCACUGAGUACACACACAACUUAGACGUUACAGAGCCCUCUGAAAGUGAACCUACCAAAGAAUCUUGUGCUCGAGGCUGGAGGGAAAGCCCUUAUUAAGGUCAAUUGCUGCUCGCCCUACACAAUCAAGGCAACCCAGUUCGAGCAACAGUUGGUGCGGAACUUUUGAAUCACAUCGGAAUUGACAGCGUACUGAUCUGCAUCUUGUCUGUUAACGAGGUCCUUUUAUGCACUCGUAGCGGCUAAUAGACGCAGUGGUCGCAGUUUAUCUAAUAAACAGCCAUCCACCUUCGCGGAGUGAUACUCACCAUUAAAGUCAAUGUGUGGCUUCCGAAAACGAGACUAAAGCUCUAUGGGCAAUCACUUUCUACGGAAGCAACAACCACUGAGAUCGUGCUAUAUGAUAUGCUUCAGCAGAUACCCGACGCCUACAAGGUAGAGCGUGUCUCGGACAGCACUGUUCCGACGUUUGGGUGGGAAAAGCAAUAAGUAAUCUUACUGAGUACUUUUUCAUAAUGCAGCAACCGACGAGAAUACGAAAAGCUGAGUGGAAAUGUACUUGUACCUCCGACUUUGUUGCUACUCACCUGACUGGCUGAGGCGGCACUAUCUGCGCAGGUAGCUAGGCUCUAAAAUGGUCCACUGUCAGGAGCAUUCCUGAAGUUAGCAUUCCCAGGCACACCGUAGUCUGAUUUGCCCAGCAAGUCUCCUUAACACGUCGUGGGGCGCCUGCGCACCUAGCGGGAAAAAAUCUGUCGCGCUCGACACGCAGCGCUUGUAGCAGUGGGACGUAGGGGUGCCCAGUUGUAGGCCCACGUGACGGUUGUAGUAGGUCGCCCACUUGUUUGAAGGUGUAGACCACGCCUAGCGUCCACUUACUGGAACCCCACUCUCACAUGUGGCUCCCCAAAGCUAAGCUUCGCUUAGCUGCCACACCCCGGUAACCGCCUCGACCGGCGGGCUAAACCAGGCGAGGAAAUCCGUGUGGGCAUCUCCGCACAUUGUAAUCUCGGCUCCGUCGGCCGGAUGGGUCACCGCCUCAGCAACUCCGAGACUAGACACCGUCUAAAACACCGUAGAAGGCCACAAGGCAAGUGCCCCCAGAUAAGCGACCAUUGCUCUGCUGGACCGCUAUUUGUCUGCCUGCUUGUGUUUGUUCUUGUUGAAAACUAAAUGUCGUUCUAUUGAAUUUUCUCUGUUGCCUUUGCCUUUUGCUGUUCUUGCCUGCUUGCUUUUGUCUGCUUGUUUGCAUGUGUCCUUAUUGAAGGCGUUCUGCUGAAUUUGUCUGCUCACCGUUUAUAUUUCAACAACCAGUUUGCUUAGCAAAAAACAGGGAAGCUGUGCAUCCCAUCUCUCUACCCUUCCCUCCACCCCUUCAAGCUUACCGCGAUGUCGUAUGCAGUCCCAGGCUAACUCGGAUCGUCCUCACAUUAAAAAAGCCGUGGCCCAUAGCGGAGUUCGGCAGCCGCCUGGGACAACUCAGCAGCCCUAUUUAGAGGCAAAGCUGAUCACCCCCGCGAGGGGAAAGGAGCUAGAAAAGGUUUCCAAAACAAAUGCUGGGGAUCCACGGCUUCUGCAGGCUGACCGUGGUCGCAAACGUUAAACUCACGGUAGAAACAACCAACAAAUAAGCAAUACUAUCUCUCCUCCCGUUACUCCCCGCCGUCCCGCUCCCCAGACUGGUAGGGUGAGUACGCUCACUCUGGCAGCCUGGAAUGUUCGCUCCCCUUUAAACGAUCCGAGUAGCAACCGACUGGAACGGAGGACGGCGCUAGUGGCUCGGGAACUGGCGCGCUACAAGGUGGACAUCGCCACACUCAGCGAGACCCGGUUCUUCGAACAAGACCAACUGGAGGAGGUGGGUGCCGACUACACCUUCUUCUGGAGCGGUCACCCCAAGGCAGAGCGACGGGACGCGGGUGUCGCCUUUGCUAUCCGAUACGACAUGGCGGGACGACUGCCCUGUCUGCCGCAGGGCACCGACGAUCGUCUGAUGAGCCUUCGCCUGUCUCUCCGAAGAGGCAAAUUCGCCACCAUCUUCAGUGUCUACGCUGUCCCCAUGACCAGCUCUGACGCCGGAAGAGACAAAUUCUACGUGGACCUGCAUGCCCUUCUGGCGACGGUGUCAAAGGCGUUAAAGUUGAUUGUCCUUGGUGAUUCUAACGCCCACUUCGGCACAGACCAUGCUGCUUGGAGAGGAGUGCUGGAUCCCCAUGGCCUCGAUGGCUUCAAUGAAAAUGGACUGCUCCUUCUACGAACCUGCGCAGAACACUGCCUCAACCUAACGAACAACUUCUUUCGCCCCCGACGCAAGAGAAAGCCAUCUGAACGCAUACUCGAUCACGACAUUGGUAGCUGCUGGACUAUAUCCUCGUCCGGAGGCGAGGCCAGCGUGACGUGUUGGUGACAAAGGCGAUUCCGGAUGCUGAAGGGUGGACCGACCAUCGCCUCGUUAUCUCCCAGAUGCGGAUUCGUUUACAGCCUCGCAGAAGACCACAAGGUAAGCGACCCUCAGGUAAGCUGAAUUUUGCCCUGUUGCCUUCACCUGCCUACCAUCUCCAUUUAAGCGACGAGCUAGCUCAACGACCACACAACCUUCCAGUCAACGACGCCGCCGCCACUGACGAGAAUGCCCCGUGGAGAACAGAUGGCGCCAACUGAGGGACACAGUUCAGUCAACGGCUCUGGAUGUCCUCGGUCGUGCACGUCGACAAAAUCAGGACUGGUUUGAUGAAAACGACACCGCCAUCAGCAAUCUGCUCGUCGAGAACAACCGCCUGCACAAAGGCUACAUCACCCGCCCAACCGAUGACAACAGAGCUGCUUUCUACCGUAGUCGCCGCCUUGUGCAACAGCGGUUCCGCGAGAUGCAGGACGCCAGGACGGCUAAUAAGGCCAAGGAGGCCCAAGUAUACGCGGACCGCGACGAAUGGAAGAAUUUCUUCUCCGCUAUCAGGGCUAUCGACGGUCCACCAACCAAAGCAGCUGCUCCUCUUCUCGGCGCCGACGGCAGUACCCUACUCAAUGAGAUGACACAAGUGCUACAGCCAUGGGCCGAGCACUUCAAAGGCGUCCUCAACCGUCCCUUCACCAUCACUGACGCCGCCAUGGCGCGUCUGCCGCGAAUGUCGACCAGCGCCGACCUCGACCUCCUGCUCUCUCUCCACGAAUCAAGGCCGUGCAGCAGCUCUCCAGAGGGAAAGCGUCCGGAUCGGACGCAAUCCCUCUAG